GCGCCCAUCAACUCGAGCUCGAGCGCUCGCUGCUGCUGUGUGUUUAGAGGGAAAGAAACAGCAGGCCCGAAAAAUACACACAUUAUUGAACAAAAAAUAAAGUGUCCGGUGCGAACAGGUCUUGAGAAUUCAUCGAGAUAUGGCUGAGAAACUAUUUUUUUAUUUGCACCCAUGUGAGGUGUAGAAUGGAGAAUGCAUGUGAAAUGCAACUUUUGCGGGGAUCAAAAGUUUCUGAAUUUUGAACAUGCAAAAAAACCACCAAGAAAAAUCACCUGUUGGAGCUUCUUCUCAGAGUGACAUAUGCCCUGAAAACUACACAUAUAAAUGAGAAAAUGUUCCAUGGCAAAGACCAGCUGAACGGCCACCUGCAGAACCACGACCCCAACAAGCAGGAACUGCGGUGUGAGGAAUGUGGGAAGUGUUACAACACUCGCCUGGGUCUAAGACGCCACGUGGCCACACAUGCCACCUCUGCCGGCGGUGACCUCACCUGUAAGGUCUGUCGUCAGGUGUUCGAGAGCAUGCCGGCGUUACUUGAGCACCUGAGUACACACACUGGCCGGCCGCCCCCGGGGACUGUGGUUCGGGAAAGGAAGCAUCAAUGCGAGCGGUGCGGCCGGCGCUUCUUCACUCGCAAAGAUGUAAGGCGCCAUGCAGUCGUGCACACCGGCCGGCGGGACUUCCUGUGCCCGCGUUGCGCCCAGCGAUUCGGCCGUCGUGACCACCUCACCCGACACCUGAAGAAAAGCCACGCGCAAGAGUUGGAGACCCUGCCGCCGAUGCCCAUUAAGGAGGAGCCUAGUCCCACCAUGUGCUCUGUCGGAUCUCCGAAAGAUGCCACAGAAGCGUUUUCCAUGGCCAUGUUCAACCCGCAAGGCUUUCCGAGCGCAUCUACCUCAGGGGUCAAUCAUCAUCAUCAUCACACGAUGGUGUCUGGCCCCCUGUCCAGCCCCAUGGGUGUGGGCUGCUACCUCGAGCCAAACAAGCCUCCGCCGCAGCAGUACCAGCAGGCUCCCAGAUAUCAGCCGAGCUGCACUACCUCGUAUCUAAAAACAGAGAUGGAGAACUUCUUGACCGAACUCCAGUGCGGGCCUAUGCCGCCGCAGGCCGCCGUGGCGACUGCUGUUUCCCGGCCAGGCGACCUCCUUCCCGAGGGUCUGGGAGCUCAGAGUGCCCAUUUCACCCUCAGAAACUCGGCGUUCACCUCCGCUGAGCCGCCUACCACCUCCGCCAACAUGGACCUUUCGCACCUGCUGGGCUUCCUGCCGUUCGGCCUGCCUCCCUACAGCACUCCUUUGGGAUACUCCACCACCACCAGUGCCGUGUCCCAAAGCCCUACCUCUCAGUUCUCUGGGCCACUUACCUCAUUUCAGCCACAGUCACUGCAUGAGCCUCAGGCUUCAGGGCACUUAAACCAGCUCUCUGGUUUCUCACCAACUCUACCUCGAUUCCAUCAGGCCUUCCAGCAAUGAUGUUGCCUGUGUCCACUAUGUCAAAUGCAACAAAUCUGUUGCGUCAUUGCCAAGUAGCUUAAAGGUAAUGAACUGGAUACACUGAGUGGGUGCAAGGUCUUCAAAUGGAUCCUGUAGAAAUAGAUGAGAUGAUCACUAGGUAGGAUAGAUGGAGUUUUGCUUUUAGAAUAGUUUUAACUUUGUGGUUUUUCCUAGAGGGUCUUCUGAGUAACUGUUUUGUAGCGUUAAAUGAACUCAAAAAAAUUCAUGAAACUGAAAAGUUAGCAAAAAAAUACCUCAAUAUUUUUGUCACGAAAGGAAAAUAAUGCUAUUACAGUGUUCUCCGUUGUAAAAUGAAGCACUUUUUUUUAUCAACGGCACUUCUGGCUAAAGGUGUGGUCACAUUUUUCGUUGCUCUGUGAAUUUUUACCAACAAAAUGCUGUCAUUUAAAUAGAAAUCCACGUGGGGAUUUCGCAUGAGGGCGAACGAUUUUUCCAUGCAAAUUUCAGUUGGUCACGCAAAUUUGCCGCAUUGACCAACAGAAAGCUGCUUGGUGUGACACUGACUUCUGUGAAAGCGGUGCUUCAUACAUCUGCACUAUUAACAAAUAAAAUUGUUUUGCCUGUGAAAUUUCGCCUAAAAUUUACUAAUGUGAUCGCACCAUAAGAGUCAAGUUGAACUGUGGCCGUAGAUGUACCUCUCAGCUCACGGUCACACAACACAAAAAAACCUACCUCUCUAAGCUGAACUCUUGUCAUGAAAAGGAUUCAACCAUUUGACAAGAAAUGAAGCAAAUCCUCACGCCAAUUGCGUGAAGAACAUUAUCUCGUUUGUUUUUUUUGUUUUUUAGAAAGCUCAAUGAUUUUAGUUAUGAAAGCUUUAGAGUCAGGUGAUUAAUUAGCAUUUAAUUAAUUAGCUUGUGUUGAUUUUAGACUUUAGAUAAAAGUUUUUAGGUGCUAUUGUGUUCACAUCCUUAAUGCUUAUGAAAGGAAUCACACUUAUGUGUGGAGACUCGUCUCCUGAAAAUCCCCAUCUCUCUCUGUUCAUUCCAGAGUAUUUUGUAAGUGAAAUGCAAAAAAAUAAA